UGUGACAGAAGAAGAAGUGGAUUGAGCAAGACAGGAAAAGAAAUGGAAGAAGAAGAACAAGAUAUGGAGACUUCGACAGAGGAACAAAGAAAUAGAGAAGAAGCAUAUCAUUUGUACUGCCCUUGCUAUUUCUUCGAACAAGUCAUCAAGGCUUUCCUUAAGUGCCUUGGUCAUGAUUCCAGUCACUCCACAACUGAACAAGAAGCUCAAGACCCUCCUUCACAUGCAGAAAGAGAUAUGAAAAUCAAUGAAGAGUUAGCAGACAAGGUCACAAGGUCAUCAAGAGCUUUAAAACCGCCACCAAGACCGCCAAUAAGCAGUGGAGGAGGUCCUCAAACCAACAAAGCUUCUUCUUAAAUUAUCUUGCUUAAUUACUGGUCUAAAAGACUAAAUAGUUAUUAAGGAUCCUCAAAUGGGUCUCAUGGUCUUGUAUAGCAUGCUUAAUUUUCUGUCUUCAUCAAUGGUUUUGUUUGUAUAUAUGGUCUUGUAUCUGUGAUUUAGCAUUCAUCUUCACUACUCGAUGCUAUAGCAUAGUGCUAUUCUAGUAAGUGCCUGUUGAUUUAAAGUAUCAAACUAAAUGAAUAGGUUUAUUCUAUUUAUAACUGUUGGCUUGUUGCAGAUUUGGAGUUUAUAUGGCCUAUAGUUCAACUACAGUCU